ACCUAAACGUGCAAUCAGUGCACCUGCAACCGCGCGCACUAGCAUGGGCUCCUCAGCUCGCGCCUGCCAGCUCCCUGCCAUAAGCUGCGCCAUGCCAGAAAAGCCGUGGGCGGAGUGACCGUGAAGUCUCUGAUAACGCCAUGGACGAUAACCGUCCCCCUCUGCUUCCCUCGCCACACCAUCACCGCCAGCGAAUGCUGCACACUCCGUGGCUGGAUUUUUACCGACGCUCGCCAGAUGGCAACAGUUCUCCGAUGGACGGGCACGCCGCCGCCGCUACCGCUCCAUCCGUAAUUACAACAGCCACAACAGCUCCGACCACGCCGACGAUCGCGAACGGUGUUCAUCAUCGCGGAGUCGACGGUACGUUUGAGGAAGACGACCCUUUGCCUCUUCACCUGCACCCUCGUACCGACGGCAACUCGGUAGGCUGGGAAGGAGCCCUGUGCUACGCGGCCAGCCAUUCUAGCGAAGAGCAAGAGCUCGCGUUUCGACGCAAGAUGCCCAACGUCAAGGUGUUCAGCGGCUCGUCGCACUGCGACCUCGCUCAGAAAGUUGUCGACAGGCUCGGCAUCGAACUGGGCAAGGUGGUCCUCAAGAAGUUCAGCAAUCAGGAGACGUGCGUCGAGAUUGGCGAGAGCGUCCGCGGCGAAGAUGUCUACAUCAUCCAGAGCGGCUGCGGCGAGGUGAACGACAAUCUGAUGGAACUGCUCAUCAUGAUCAACGCCUGCAAGAUCGCUUCGGCCUCGCGGGUAACGGCGGUGAUCCCCUGCUUUCCCUACGCCAGGCAAGACAAGAAAGACAAGAGUCGAGCUCCCAUUUCUGCAAAGCUGGUGGCCAACAUGCUGUCAGUGGCUGGCGCAGAUCACAUCAUCACCAUGGACCUGCACGCCUCUCAGAUUCAGGGUUUCUUCGACAUUCCCGUCGACAACCUGUAUGCUGAGCCGGCGGUGCUGAAGUGGAUACGGGAGAACAUCCCCGAGUGGCGCAACGGCAUCAUUGUCUCGCCGGAUGCAGGAGGUGCAAAGAGGGUGACGGCUAUUGCGGACCGCCUUAACGUGGAGUUUGCCCUGAUCCACAAGGAGCGCAAGAAGGCCAACGAGGUGGACAGCAUGGUGCUGGUGGGCGAGGUCAAGGACCGGGUGGCCAUCUUGGUGGACGACAUGGCGGACACCUGCGGAACUAUCUGCCAUGCGGCCGGGAAGUUGCUGGAGGCCGGUGCGAGCAAAGUGUACGCCAUCCUGACGCACGGCAUCUUUUCGGGACCCGCCAUUUCGAGGAUAAACAACGCCUGCUUCGAGGCCGUGGUGGUGACCAACACCAUUCCACAGGACCAGCACAUGAAGGAGUGCCCCAAGAUUCAGUGUAUCGAUGUCUCCAUGAUCCUGGCAGAGGCGAUUCGCAGGACACACAACGGAGAGUCUGUGUCCUACCUGUUUAGUCACGUGCCCAUGUAGGAUGCUGUCCCGUCCCUUUCCUUCAUUUUUUCCGCCCCUCUUCCCCCUUCUCGGUCGUUGCGUCUGCUCGCAUAGCGUCGUUCAGCGGGAUUAACUGCGCGCUCGAAGUGGGGACCUGCUGGUACUGGCUGCACCGUCGAACGAAUGGUAGAGGCGACUGACGAAGCUCGCGGCACCCGUGCACACUCUUUUGGCGACGGCCGAAACGUUGCCAACGUUCGCUCAAACGAACCAAAAUGUUGCCCAAGUAGUUUGCACAUGCAUGGCAUGGCGACAUUCGUCAGGUACUGUAAACCAUCCUUACCAGUCGGUCCCCACUCCGAGCAUGUUGUUCAUGCCGUUUCUUGCGAGAGUAUGAAAUACUUAAUUACGUUGCCAUUUUGAAAAAAAAAAAAAAAGAUAGCGCAAAGUUGAGCCGAGAACAUUUGUAUCGCCGUGCAGUGCGUUCGUAGCGUACCGAGGUUUGGCGAUCAACUUGGGAGAGGUUGUCGCACCGCACAUGUGCACUCUCAACAUGUUGCACUGCGGCGUUAUUCCAAAGCAGUGGGAGCAACAUUGCAAGAACACUUGCAGUGUCUUGUACAGUGAUUGACAACUGUGACGAGUUGCUUGUUGAAAAUUGAUUGGUGCAACAUGUAGUUAACGGGAGGAAAUUGUUAUGUGGGUAUCGUUGAGAAGGGUGGGAGGGGCAAGGAAAAAACUUUGGACCAGCAGGAUUUGGGAAUCCACAUUUUUAAGAACUGAUAGUCAAGGGUUACUUUUUAUGUGUGGCAAGUUGAUGUCUUUUUUUUUUUUUUUUUUU